AUGGCUGGCAUUUCUGGUCCCGUCUAUGGCCUCGAGGUCCCUCCCGGCGAGAUCCUGAUUCCCGCCUCCAUGGACUUCCCUGCCUCUUUCCGCAUCACAAUGGCUGCUGUGGACCCUACCGAGGAGCCCGAGGCGGAUGAGGAUGGCAACAUUCCCAAAAUCUCCCGCUCUACCCUCCGUCUCGUGAAGCGUGCCUUCCCCGGCCUGGACGACGAGGACGACGAGAUGGAUGAUGAGUACAUGAAGGCCCUCCUCGCCGCCUCUGAUGACGACGACGAGGAUGAGGAUGAGGAGGAGGAGGGCAACGGCGGCCCCAGCGACCCUGCCAAGUCCAAGAAAUCCAACCAGGCUGCCGCCAUUCGCAAGCUCCUUGCUGCCACCCAGGCCGAUGAUGACGACGAGGACAUGGAAGAUGCCCCCGCCAAGUCCAAGGGCAAGGGCAAGGGCAAGGGCAAGGCUGCCGAGGAGGACGAAGAGGAGGACGAGGACGAGGAUGAGGAGUCUGACGAGGAUGAUGAGGACGACGACGAGGGCGGCGAUCUCGAGAACUUUGUUAUUUGCACUCUCGACACUGAGAAGAACUACCAGCAGCCCCUCGACAUCACCGUCAACCAGGGCGAGAAGGUCUUCUUCGUUGUCACCGGUACCCACGCUAUCUACCUCACCGGUAACUACAUCAUGGAUGACGACGACUACGACGAGGAUGAUGAUGAUGAGGACGAGUACGAUCUCUCCCCCGAUGAGCUCGAGUACGCUCUGGGUGAAGACGACGAGGAUGACGCGAGUGAUGACCUGGAUGAUGUCGCAGACCCCCGUGUCACCGAAGUCGCCUCUGAGGACGAGGCUCCCCAGCUGGUCGACACCGCCAAGAAGGGCAAGAACAAGCGUGCUGCCGAGGCCGAGAACCUCGACGAACUGAUUGCCAAGGACGGCGCGAAGCUCUCCAAGAAGCAGCAGAAGAAGCUUAAGAACAACCAGGGCGAGGCUGUCCCUGCUGACGACAAGAAGGACGCCAAGAAGGUUCAGUUCGCCAAGAACCUCGAGCAAGGCCCCAGCGGCUCCGCCAAGACCGCCGUUGGCGUCAAGGACGUUCAGGGUGUCACGGUUGACGACCGCAAGAUCGGUACCGGCCGCGUUGUGAAGAACGGCGACAGCGUCGGUGUCCGCUACAUCGGCAAGCUCCAGAACGGCAAGCAGUUUGAUGCCAACAAGAAGGGCAAGCCCUUCACUUUCAAGGUUGGCAAGGGCCAGGUCAUCAAGGGCUGGGACGUUGGUGUUGUCGGCAUGUCCAUUGGUGGCGAGCGUCGCUUGACUAUCCCCGCCAGCAUGGCUUACGGCCGCCAGGCUCUGCCCGGCAUCCCUGCCAACAGCACACUGACCUUUGACGUCAAGCUGCUCGAGAUCAAAUAA